GAACGCAGUCGUGAAGCACACACAUACACACACACACACACACACUGACGACUCAGUAAUAUGAGCAGAGCAGAGUGGAGUUGACAGUGCAGACAUGGAGUUACGUGCUGAGCUGUUGAAGUCUAUCUGGUACGCCUUCACCUCCCUGGAUGUGGAGAAGAGCGGGAAGGUGUCCAAGUCCCAGCUGAAGGUUCUGUCUCAUAACCUGUACACAGUCCUGAAUAUCCCACACGACCCAGAGGCAUUGGAGGACCACUUCAGAGACGAUGAUGAUGGACCAGUCUCCAACCAGGGCUACAUGCCAUACCUCAACAAAUACAUACUGGAUAAAGUGGUUGAGGGAACGUUCGAUAAGGAGAAGGUGGAUGAGCUGUGUUGGACACUGUGCUCCAAUAAAAACUAUCAUCCCAAAGAUGGAGGUAUUCUGUCCCAUGACGAUGCCCUGAGACUCUGGUGCCUCUUCAACUUCCUGUCUGAGGACAAAUACCCACUGGUGCUGGUUCCAGACGAGGUGGAAUAUUUACUCAAGAAGCUGUGCUCAGCCAUGAGUGUGGAGCUGAGCUGUGUGGACAUGGAGGACUUCUACUCCCAGGAGGCCGUGCAGCAGAUCGGCGUCAAUGUGUGGCUCUUCCUGGACUUUGUGAACUAUGGAAAGCUGACCAGGGGUGUGGAGCGGGAAUCUGUUACCAUGGCGAUAGAGGAGGUCUACCAGGAAAUAGUGGGCAAUGUAAUCAAAGAGGGCUACCUGUGGAAGAAGGGCCACCUGAGGAGGAACUGGACGGAGCGCUGGUUCUCCCUGCGUCCCAGCAGCCUGGUGUACUUUGUGAGCGAGGACAGCCAUGACUGCAAGGGCCUCAUCGAACUGGACCUCAACUGCUGUGUGGAGGUACUUCCGGAGAGGGAGGGGAAGAGGUGCAUGUUCUGUGUGAAGACCCUCACCAAGACCUACGAAAUGAGCGCCCCCGACACCAAGCAGAGACAGGAGUGGACCAACGCCAUCCAGACGGCCAUCCGCCUGUGUGUGGAGGGGAAGAGCUCUCUGCACGAGGACCUGAGGCGGCGACGCCGGCAGCAGAGGGAGGAGCGCGAGAGGAGGCGCGCCGGCAAGGAGGAGGAGCUGCAGCGACUGCACCUCCUGCAGGGGGAGAGGGAGAGCAGGCUGGUGGAGCUGGAGCUACUGCAGGAGGCGCAGAGGCAGGCACAGACAGCGCUGCACCAGGAGGAGCAGAGGAGGAAACAGCAGCAGGAGGAGCUGCAGAGAGCCCUGCAGGAGCAGGUCCAGGAGGCUGAACAGGCGCGGGCCAGCAUGCAGGCAGAGAUGGCCCUGAAGGAGGCGGAGGCGGAGCGGCAGAGGAGGAGGAUCAGAGAGCUGGAGGAGACGCAGCUACGCCUGGAGGAGGCGCUGCACCUGGAGAUCCGAGUCAGACAGGACGAGGAGGAGCACCGCCACGCACAGGCCACGUUGCUGGCUGAGGAGGAGGAGAAGAUGAAGGCGCUACUGGCUCUCCAAGAGGAGCAGGAGGAGUACAUCCUGAAGACUCAGAGAGAGAAGCAGGAGCUCAGACAGGAGAUGGAGAACAAGUCCCAGGCUCUGGACGAGGCCCAGCUUCAGCUGGAGAGGGUCCGGGCCAGUCGACACAGAGUGGACCAGGACAUAGCAGCUGCGCAGAGGAAGCUUCGCCACGCCAGCACCAGCGUCAAGCACUGGAACGUCCAGAUGAACCGCCUCAUGCAUCCCAUCGGGCCUGGAGACAGAAGACCCUCGUUGGGGGGCUCUGGUGUGUCUGCUGUGUGUGUGUCGACCGGAAGAGACCCUGGCCUGCGCCUGUACCACCAGAGGAGCGAGAGGGAGAGGGGGCUGGAGGGUGGGGGGGACCAGGGGAGCGAGGUGAGAGAUGUGGACGCCGGUCGGAAGGUGGAUAGGCCUCUGUCUCAAGCGUCUAAUGGGGAUAUGGACUGUGACCAGGAAUGACAUACAAACUGAUGUGUUGCAGUGACCCGUUUUCAAAAUGAAUCAAAUCUAAA